UCAAAACAUGGCGGCGUGGUUUGAGUCCUUCGUCGCAAAUACACAAUUCGGGGAAGAUACGGGACGUACUGCAGAGUAAUGAUCAACAGUGUUUUAAUUACAGUUUCAGUUUGAAUUUCCAAGAAAGGUUACCAGUGAAUUGGGCUCCAUUCCGUUUGUAAAAUGACAGGGCGUGGUGGUCGUCGUGGCCGAAGCCGGGGGCGUGGACGGGGACGGGGACGGGGACGGAGACAUCAGUUUCAGUCGCACCGUGAAGGCAAAGUGCAAAAUCCUUUAAGCAGAGAGCGUGUGGACAGCAUUUUGGCAUAUUUGAAAAAGUGUGGCAGCAAACCACAGAAGGCUAUGGAUAUUGCGAGAGCCUGUGGCUAUGGAACACCUCGGGAAGUGAACCCGACCCUGUAUAUGCUGUCCCAGAGGAGAGUGGUUCGGUUCAUCAAGGGUUCCCCAAUUCUUUGGUAUCUCAUUCCUAAUGCCAGGGUGAGUCCAGUUCCUUCAGAAAUGUUGACUACAAUGGAUGCUAUGAAGCUUGGAGAAAUUUCCCAGAAUGGAAUGGCAGUUGGUAGUAUUGGUCAGACACAUGUAGAAUCAUCUUCGAUGGAUUUUACGGGAGGAUUUGGUGAAAUGGUCAUAGGUAGCAGAAAGCGGGCUGAUGAAGGUACGUGGUUAGGAGAAUCCUUCACGCCAAGGAAGGUGGAUGAGACUUUGUAUCAAGGCCUGGAAUCCCCUUCUCAGCAGCAGUUGGUACCGGGUUGUGUUGAGGGAGAUGAUGAAGAAGAAGAUGACAGGUCAGAGAUGGAGGACUAUGAUGACAUAGAAGAUGAAUCCUUUGACAUCAAUGACAGAAUGAAUGAUCUGAUUGCCAACAGUCAAAGCAACUAUCAAUAUAUGGCUUUGUCGCCAGGAACUGUUGACUCUCAGAGUUCAGAUCCAGAUUUAGCAGACAAAUCUGACGAAAACAUGGUCUCCAGACCACCCAUCCCUGUUAGAGAAUCAGAAUCCCCAGAUACUGAGCUGUGUUUCAGGGACCUUGUGUUAAAAACCCUAGGAAAUCGUCUGUUGAAAACUGGAGCUAGUUUGAUUAUCGUCAGUGCUCUGAAAUCAAGCAAGAAGCCUGUAGAAGCAGCCCUGCAGGAUCUGUUAGAGGAGAAACUGGUGGCUCGAACUGGCUCAGCCUGGACGGUGACAUCAAAAGGAGAUCAGUAUCUGGAAGCGAAAGGUUUAUCUGGGCCGGUGAAGAAAUCGCAACCAAAUGUUGCUCGAGGGAAGAUGAACAUCUGUCACCCAUCCAUGAAAGGAGCUACUCAAGGGCUUCCUCUGUCUCCGUUGGAACUGUUAGGGUCUGACACUCAAUAUGGGGUGAAGGGGGCGGGCAGGGGUCAAAUUCUGGCAACAAUAGCUGCAGACAUCCAAGGGGUCACUAAGCAGCAUGCAAGCAAGUCUCCAACCAUGCUGACAAGCCUGGGAGCUGACUCUGUCAUUGGCCAGAUCGAUGGAGGUCCACAGAUGGGUUCCAGAUGGCAGAUAAGACCAGGUGGUUUGUCUGACCAGGGUGCCUGUAACCAGCGUCCAGUCAUGUCAUACAACAUGAGGGAUGUGGGUUCGUCAUCACAAGGAUCAGCUGGGUCUUAUCCAGGUGUGUCUUCCCACACUAUAACAGGAAGUUUGUCGCUUGUAUCACAGGGCCAGCCACAACGUUCUUCACCUUCAUUCCAGCAGCAGCAGGCAGCCAUAUCCCAGUCCGGUGCAAGAUCCUUGCCACGGACUCCCAUGGACCUUAUCCAACAGGAACAAAGCCAAGUCAUCUCAUCCGGUCCCUCGCACAGCUUUGUUCCAAGAGGAAGUCAUGAUCCAAUGUCACCGUGGAUGACAGAAUCAUCAACUGGACCACAAUCACUUCCGACCAGAUCACCAGGUGGCGUUGCAUCUGUUCCUAGUCUGGCUGGAGGCUUAAACAGUCUUCCGUGUGGCACUUUAGAAAUCACAGCAGAGACGUUCGCGGGUGUCAACAAGAACCCCGUGAGUGCCCUGAUGGAGUAUGCGCAGUCACGGCAAUCUACAGCCAGGAUUGAGGUCAUCAGCCAACGGGGUCCUUCCCACAAACCAAAGUUUGUGCUGGCAGCGUUUGUUGGGUCCCGCCAGUUCCCGGGGGUUGAGUGCAGCAACAAGAAGGAUGGGAAGAAGGAAGCAGCAGAUGUCGCAAUGCGGAUAUUGCUGGCAGAAGGUCAAAAGACUCAGGCCAAAUCAGUGGACAUGAUGCUGGUUCCCUCGUUGACAAUGACACACUUCGACAAGAUAGCUGCUCUGACACACCAGGCCUUCAACCAGCUGAUCGCCACCAUACCGGACACUCUGGCUGGACGCAAGAUCAUUGCUGGCCUUGUGAUGAAGAGGAACCCAGAGGAUACUGGCAUCGUCAUCAGCAUUGGUUCAGGCAACCGGUGUAUCACAGGGCAACAGUUGAGUCUGGAAGGCAACACAGUAAAUGACUGUCAUGCUGAGAUCAUCACCAGACGAGGAUUCCUGAGGUUCCUGUAUGCCCAGCUAGAGACAUACGACCCCAGCAGUCCUCAUGACCUGUUUGAAGUGGGUCAAACCGGAAAACUCCGGAUCAAACAGGGCAUCAGCCUCCAUCUGUACAUCUCAACAGCACCAUGUGGAGAUGGAGCCCUCUUUUCUCCCAGGGAUGCGGUAUCGAACAGGGGCAGUGAGACCUUUGACCGCCAACACCAUCCGACCUUCACCAGUGGCGUGCAGGGCCUGCUGAGAACCAAGAUGGAGGGAGGUGAAGGUACAAUCCCAAUUGAAUCUGAUUUCGUGGCCCAGACGUUUGAUGGGAUCCAGCGUGGCGAGAGACUGCGGACAAUGUCGUGUACUGACAAGAUCUGCAGGUGGAAUGUGGUUGGCAUGCAGGGGGCGCUGUUGUCUCACUUCCUGGAACCCAUAUAUCUUGACUCACUUACUCUUGGAUUCUUGUAUGACCAUGGUCACCUGGCAAGGGCUGUGUGUUGCCGUGUCAACAAAUCGGAACCCCCCAUCGAUACCCUACUCCCCCCAUUGUUCCAUCUGAACCACCCCUGGCUGGGGCGUGUGACAGCAUGUGACCCCCCACGGGAGACACAGAAGACCAAGUCUCUCAGCAUCAACUGGUGUCUGGGAGACCCGAGACCAGAAGUCCUAGACGGCCCGCUGGGACUGUGUCAUACAGCAAUUGAGAAAAGCUUUUUCUCUCGGCUUACGAAAAAGAAUCUGUACGAUAGUUUCAAGAAAGUUGCUACCAGGUUUGGCCGCAGUGACCUCCUUGGGGCCGAAACCUACUACAAGGCCAAGAUGAUGGCACUGGACUUCCAAACAGCAAAGUCCACCAUGCUGAAAAAAUUCAAAGAAAACAAAUAUGGUCCUUGGGUAUCAAAGCCUGUUGAAGAAGAAAUGUUCUGUUAGUGGGAUGCUAUAACAUUACACUUGCAGAACAAGCCAGUAGAGGGCUCCACCUGGAGGGAAGGUAACCCUGAGCUGCUCAAACUAACAGAGGUUCAGGCAUUUCCGUUGUUGUUUAUUUGCUCCAUGUCGCUACGUCUUGCAAUGUAUUGGCUGUCAUUGGUCCUACAAAUUGUAACGUUUGUAAGGAAUGGAAAUAUUUUAGUUAGAAGCAAACCAAAUUUGUUUGCUUUGAAUUAUUUUGUCUUGUUUCCAUAUUUUGAUUUUUUUUUCUUUAUUGAUAAACACAUGUUGAUAUUUAGGCUAUUUGUAAAUACAUUUUGAAAAAUAGCAAAAGGCUUUCCAUGUAAGUUUGUUGAUUAAUCACAUAUGUCUGAAAUAAGAGGAAAGUAAUUCCUACAUAUUUCCACUUGACUAAUUAUAAUCAAAUGUUGCAAGGUGAUCAAAGGGAUGUCAAACACUUCGAUAUCGUGUGGCAACACACAGCCAACCACGCUGAACCUUGGCACACAGGCCACCAGUCAGGUUACCCGUGGCAGAUUCUGGAACAGAUGUUUGAAUGUAGAAGGACUGACGAUUAAUACUGAAAUACUGAUUAAUGAAGUAUCUGCAGUCUGUUGAGAAGUGACAGGGUUGGCUGUUGGGUUGUUGCUGGAACAUCGAAGUUGUGUUUGACAUCCCUGGUAGCGUCAUGCAGCAAAACCCAACAGCGGGUCAUGCUAACACUUUUUACUCAGCAUUUUUUA